AUGUCUCCAGUCCAACUUUCCGACGGCUCGCUGGAAAAUGCAGACGAGAAGCCAAAAGUCGUGUACGGAGAGUUCCCCGAGGGCGGCGUCCGCGCGUGGCUGGUGGUGUUGGGAGCGUACUGUGUGUCUUUCUCGACGUUUGGGUACAUGAAUGCAUACGGGGUCUACCAGGAAUACUACUCGUCGCACUUCUUGUCCCAUGAAUCCCCAUCCUCCAUCUCGUGGAUCGGCUCCAUCCAGGUGUUUUUCCUCUACGCUGGCGGGCUCGUUGGAGGGCCUUUGUUCGAUCGAUAUGGCGCGAAGGUUCGUGGCCCCGAAUUCCCUUUUGGAGAUACGAGACCUCAUACGGAUGAUUUUGGCGCUGACAUGGUUUUCCCUCUCGGCGGGGAAUCACAGGUGAUAUAUGUACCGGCCCUCGCGACCGUCGUGUCAGUGAUGAUGACCUCGCUUUGCACGAAGUAUUACCAGUUCAUGCUCGCCCAAGGCCUCCUGGGCGGCCUGGCAUCAGGGAUGCUCUUCACGCCCAUCAUGACUUGUGUGGGCCACUACUUCCGUAAACGACGCGGGGUGGCGCUGGGACUGACGGUGACGGGUUCAUCGACGGGUGGUGUUAUCUUCCCCAUCGCCUUGACCCGCAUGUUGAAGCACAGAUCCCUCGGGUUCGGGUGGUCAGUCAGGAUCAUCGGCUUCAUCAUCCUGGUGAUGAUGAUAGUUGCCGUGUUCACCAUCAAGACACGUCUGCCUCCUCGACGCGGUGCCAUCCUGCUGCCGUCCGCCUUCACGCAGCGUGCCUACGUCCUAACCACAGCGGGCAUCUUCUUUAUGACUUGGGGCCUUUUCACACCGUUCUUCUACCUUCCUCAGUAUGCCCUGCAACAGGGCAUGAGUCUGGACCUCGCUGACUACAUGCCCUCGGUCAUGAACGCCGCCUCGGUCUUCGGUCGCGUCUUGCCCGGCAUCGCGGCCGACCAGGUCGGGCCCUUCAACACGAUGCUCGUCAAGGGCACGUGCGCUGGUAUCCUGUUACUGUGCUGGCCGGCGAUCAAAUCUAACGCCGCCAUCAUCGUCUUUGCCGUCCUAUACGGCUUUUUCUCCGGCGGUAUCGUCUCGCUCAUGUCGCCUUGCUUUGCUCGAAUCACCCCGCAUAUGAACCAGUUCGGCACCUAUCUCGGCAUGGCAAUGGCAGUCCUAGGCGUCGCGGGGUUGACUGGGACUCCCAUCUGUGGUGCCAUGAUCCAGUCCUAUGGGGGCUACUCCGAAUGUGCCAUUUUUAGUGGCGUCGUGAUGUUGUUUGGGUCUUUGCUGGUUGCCUGGGCCCGGCUUGAUAUUCAGACCGGCCUGUGGCAAAGAGUCUGA